GACGUUUUAAUGCGUUCACCAAAUUUCUGAAAAGUGAAAAACAAUUCUUUUUAGCUAACCUGUCAUUUUAGCAAGUUGAGGCGGGUUUUAAAUCCUAGCCAUGGUGCGUAUGAAUGUAUUGAGUGAUGCGUUAAAAUCUAUCCACAAUGCUGAGAAGAGAGGGAAAAGGCAAGUGCUGAUCCGGCCUUGCUCAAAAGUAAUCGUCAAAUUUCUGACUGUGAUGAUGAAGCAUGGCUAUAUUGGAGAGUUUGAAAUCGUAGAUGAUCACAGAGCUGGAAAAAUUGUGGUCAACUUGACAGGAAGAUUAAAUAAAUGUGGUGUUAUAUCGCCUAGAUUUGAUGUACCUAUUAACGACAUUGAGAGGUGGACCAACCUUUUACCUUCCCGACAGUUUGGAUACCUAGUGCUUACUACCAGUGGUGGUAUCAUGGACCAUGAAGAAGCGAGACGGAAACACUUGGGAGGAAAAAUAUUAGGUUUCUUCUUUUAAUCUAAUACAUUAAGUUAAAAUGUA